AUGGUACUCUUUCUCGCCAUUCUGGCAACUCUUCUCACUCUCAGCGCCGCCCAAACAUAUCCAGAGUGCACUGCCGAAGUCGCACGGAGCGACGACUGCGCCGCGGUCAUCAACGCAAACGCGUGCUACAACAAGUUUCGGUGGAAUGCGCAGACCUUGACGUGUAUAGAUGGUAAUGAUAAUGCGGUAAAGCAAAAGAAGAUAUUUUGGUCCAAAGGCGAGGACAUAACUAUCCAAUGGGACGACAAUUGGCCGAAUUGGGGUGAUGGACCCAUCGGUGAUGAGUCUCUCCUUGAUCUCUGGAUCACGGGCUAUGCCAACGACGCAUAUGUGCGAAAACUACUUGAACUGGAUACGACCGGCGUACGGCAAGGUGGUCAAUGGAACUGGACGGUCGAUGUCCCCAACGAUCGUGCCAACGGCAGUAAUCAUGUGUUUCGGUGGAAAGAGCAUCGCGACGAUGAUGUAUGGGACAACCAUUCGUGGGGAUAUCGAAGCAAGAUGUUUGCGGUAUCAAGGGCUAUUGAGCCUUCUUCAUUGUCAUCUACAACCACAUCGAACUCAGGAGCAGAGUCUACGGCUAUGUCGAACAGCAUGACCACUUCGGACCACGACUUAUCCAACCCACCAAGUCAAACUACAAGCCCCGAGGAUACACCGCCAGGCAACGAUAGAGCUUCCCGCGGUACAAGUCCAGGUGUUGUUGCAGGUGCGGCAGUUGGUAGUCUGGUCGGUCUCCUGGCUAUUGUCGCGGCUUUCAUUCUAGGUCUAAAGAGAGGGAGGACAAGGAAGAAGGGUAAAGCAAGCAUCGUUGACUCUGGCGAUAUGGUGCAGAAUGAUGCGCCUACUUCUGUGACGGCAACGCCAACACCAAUUGAGCAUAACAACGGGUGCUACAAGACGAGCGACUUGCCGGAAUGGGUUGUACCGAGAUGA